GUUACUAGAGGGAGUUCUGUGUGUGUUUUCGAACUAUUCAAACAAUUAUUACGAAAUGGCUCCAACUGUUUAUCUCAUCUAUGCAAGUCCUCCAGUUCGGGCUGUUCUAAUGACCGCUAAAGCCAUCGGAUUGACUCUAACAGAAAAGCAGGUGAAUUUGUUAGCCGGCGAUCAUCUCAAACCCGAAUACCUCAAGUUGAACCCUCAACACACCGUUCCAACACUUGUUGACGACGACGGUUUUACAAUUUGGGACAGUCAUGUAAUCAUCACUUAUUUAGUGUCCAAAUAUGCAAAAAACGACGCUUUGUAUCCCAAAGACUUGAAAAAACGUGCAGUGGUUGACCAACGUUUGCAUUUUGAAUCGGGGUUUGUUUUCCCUCGAUUAGCGGCGAUUUCACGCCCGAUUUUCUUUGAAGGUAAGAAGACAAUAAACCAAAAAGACAAAGAGAGUGUUUGUGAGGCUUACGGGUUUUUGGAAACGUUCCUGAACGGACACCAAUGGGUUGCUGGUGAUUUUAUCAGCGUAGCUGACUACAGUUUAGUUUCAGUUAUUAGUAGUUUGAAUUAUAUUAUGGUGCCCAUUGAUGCGGGGAAGUAUCCUAAUUUGCAUGCGUGGCUACAGAGGAUGGAAGGGCGGCCGGAAUAUGCAGCCAAUGUGAAAGGACUGGAAGACUACAGCAAAUUGUUGAAAAGCAAAAUGCAUAGUGCUUCUCUUACUAAACCCGACAUGGCUCCAACAGUUUACGUCACACAUGCAAGUCCUCCAGUUCGUGCUGUUCUGAUAACUGCUAAAGCCAUCGGUUUGGCUGUGGCAGAAAAAGAAGUGAAUUUAUUUGCUGGCGAACAUCUGAAACCCGAAUACCUCAAGUUGAACCCUCAACACACCGUUCCAACACUUGUUGACGAUGAUGGCUUUACAAUUUGGGAUAGUCAUGCAAUUAUCACUUAUUUGGUGUCCAAAUAUGCAAACAACGACGCUUUAUAUCCGAAAGAUUUGAAAAAACGUGCGGUGGUUGAUCAGCGGUUGCAUUUUGAAUCGGGGUUUGUUACCCCCAGGUUAGGGGCAGUUGUUCUCCCAGUUUACUUAGAAGGUAAGAAGACAAUCACCGAACAAGAUAAGGAGAGAAUUUGUGAGGCUUACGCAUUUUUGGAAACUUUUCUAAACGGACACCAGUGGGUAGCUGGUGAUUUUAUCAGUGUGGCUGAUUACAGUUUAGUCGCAAUUAUAAGUAGUUUGCAUUAUAUUUUGGUGCCGAUUGACGAGGAAAAGUAUCCUAACUUGCAAGCCUGGUUAAAACGGAUGGAGGGUCGGCCGGAGUAUGAAGCCAAUGUGAAAGGAUUGGAAGACUACCGCCAAUUAUUAAAAAGCAAAAUGACGAAUUUACCUUGUUGAGUUUGUUUCAAACUUAAUUAUAAUAAACGUUUUUAUGUACGAAAGAAA